AUGAAUUGUCGUUGGAAUACCAAAUCGAGCUGGAACGAGGAAGGAAUUCAUACGCCCCAUAUGCUUGCGCUACUAGACUGUCAACCAGCAACGGAGAUUUUUGGCGCGUUGCAAGCAGGCGAAAAGAAGCCGGAAAGCACCGGAGAGCUCGAGCAGCGCUUGCAUUUCUUGGGGUUCAAAAAUUCAAGCAUUCAAGAGGAGCUGGAUACUAAAACGAAAACCGAAAUUCAGUAUCGCAUCUCAAGUAAAGAAUGCUGCGAACAACCCCACCAACGGUUACUUAAAUUUGUCUUUGUCCCAUCGAGGAUGAAAGUGGCGGAAAGGGGGCGAAAAGCUUUUGAUUAA